AACAUUAUAUUUCCUGUUGAAAAGUUGGCAGCACUGGUGCUGAUAGAUAUUUGCAAAUCCAUUUUCUUGCAAACAUAUUGUAUUUGUUCCUAUUCACACUGCAUACAGUUUAUAGCUGUAGGCUCUAUUUAUCGUGAAGGUGGAAUACUGAGCAUUAGUUUCGAUAUGGCGAGUUGUUCCUAUAAGGAAAAGGUCGUGAGACUGGUCAAGUGCUUCUGCGGAUGCAGUGACAUGACCGUCGAGGAAGUGCACCGCAUCUACACGCUGACAAACAGUGUCCACGAAACACUACUAGAUGCCGAGGCCACAAAGCUGCUGCGCCGCUUCAUGGAGCUGAGACGGUCCGGCGACAAAAACGAGGCUGAACAAUAUUUGGAAAUCUACGAAAAGUGUGCGGAAUUUCUGCAGGAGGAACAACGUACUUUUACCCAGGAUGAAGUGGACGAACUCUGUGAUUUGGGGCUUCCCUAUGACUUGGAGCAGGAUCUGUCCAAACGCAUGCUCAGCGGUCAACGUACGGACAUAAGUCUCGGUCUUUAUCGCAUCCAGGGCAAAUGCCGCAACGAGAUUGAGGCCAGCAGCGAUUUUCGAGAUUUCCGAGACGCCAUACGGGACAAGAUGCGGCGAGUUCCGAAAUGAUAUAUUUGGGAAAUCCACAAGCUACAAUUGGUGCUUCUUGUGUUCAUAUUACUACGUACAUACCAAAGUCAAAAUGGUACCUUUUAGAACCGCACUAAACCUCGUCGUCUAUUUAGUUAGCAGUGCCUUGAUGCCCUCCACAAUCUCCACAUCACACUAAUCUUAACUCACCCACAUUUCGUGUCUCCGUGCAACGGACCGAAACGCGUCCCAUAACUUCAGCGACAAGCAAUGCAAUUGUGACUUGCAUAAGUGCUAGCUAACAAAAUGCCUCAUAAAAAUUCGCAUCACAAAUAGAACAACGAACAAAGUUAUCUGUU